CCGUGAACCGGCGGCGCACGAGUAGUUCACUUCUGUUCGGUGCGGUGUCGCGGUGAUUUUUGAAGGGGACAGAGGAGAAAGAAAAGGGAUAAAGAGGAAAAAUAUCGCGCGCACACGUAUACGCACACACGCGCGCGCAGAGAAAGAGAGAGAGAGAGAGAGACAUAGAGAGGGACCGAGAGAAAAACAGGGGAACGAGAAAAGAAAAGAGAGAUUCGCGGUCUCGGGUACUCUCGCGACUAAUCUCGAUCGUGCGAGGGUGCGAGGAAAAAGUAGAAAUUUUUCUCUGCGGUGUGCGCUCCUCGUAGAAAGGGAAGAGGCGAGGAAAAGAAAGAAAGAGGGGAAAAAAAGAAUCGUUUCGCGAACGAACGGGACGAUCCGCGCGUAUCGUAUAUCGUUCGAGAAACAAGUGACCGAAGGUUCGUCGAGGUUCGAGAGAAAGAACAGUUCCACCAGAGGGGAGAAGAGGCCACACGUUCUUCGCGUGCAUCGUUGUACGAAUUUAUCGAUAUCGGAUCGAGCCGGCCAUCCGGAAGAACACGUCGCCGGACAGGAUCGUCGGGGUCGUCUGUCGUUGACGACCGUCCUGGAUAGGAAACGGAAGAAGAGUGCCGACAUGUCGGCCUUGAACGCCGGGCCCUGUCGACCCGGGAUUAUACUCUGUCUGGCGGCCGUUCUACUGGCACCGCACUCCGAUUCUGCGCCCGUUUACGACCAGGAUACCACACAAGUAGCGGAAUACGAUGGAGCCACUGCCGGAUGCUACUACAACUACCAGCAUUACAAGGAGGGGGACAGGAUCAUCACGAACGAGCCGUGUUUAAACUGCACGUGCCACAAUCGAAUGCUGAUGUGCUACCUCAGGGUUUGCCCGUUCACGAAAGCGAUCGGCCAGGAUUGCACGGUUGAGAAACGGCCGGACCAAUGCUGCCCCGUCAUCACCUGUCCAGAGGUGCCCGUUCAGCUGUUGACCUCCACCACUAGCGCGCCGUCCACUUCCGGCUCGACGGCGGUCGGAUUCCACGACAACUACGGGUGCAACGUGGACGACCGGUUCUACGCGGACGGCGCCCAACUUCCCAUCGAUCCUCAGAAUCCUUGCGAGCUGUGCUACUGCAUCAGGAACAGGACGACCUGCGUCAUGCAGGAGUGCACUUUGCGCGUGGCCGGGUGCAGGCCGGUCUAUCAACCCGGAGUAUGCUGUCCUGUCAAAUACAAUUGCGAAUACGACGAGGAACAAGCGACGACGGUUGAACCAACGCCCGGCCUCAUCAUGACCACAACGAUGGCCCCCGGGGCGACCACGUCCCAAUGCUACCACGAGGGGAAGGUUUACGAGGGCGGCGAAUUGAUAUACUCGACCCAGCCUUGCCAGCACUGCUACUGUUUCCACGGCGACAUCGCGUGCGCUGUCCAAGAUUGCGGAACACCGAUGAAGACCCACGGGAAGAACUGCACCGCCCUGCCACCGCCCGAAGGGGAAUGUUGCCCGACCACGUACGAGUGCGAAGAUGACGGAGAGGUGGUGACGUUACCGAGAGGCGAGGAACACGGAUACUCCACGACCGAGGGACACGUUCAGGAGACAACCGAGAAACAACUGGUCGAAACGACGGAGGAGUCGUUCCCCGGCUCUGACAACGUAAUUCCUCAGGAUCACGAGGCAGCGAGCACCGAGUUGCCGGUCGAGACCGCGUCGGAGGAGCCGAAGAAGGAGGAGGAGUCGACUCGAAAAGAAAUUGGUGUCACUGAGGAAUACUCGACCGAAGGUACGGUGACACCUCCCGAGCAAGCAACGGAGGAGAAAGAGGGGAAGGGCGAGGAAAUGGCUACUACACCAGCGGAAGAAACUACUCGAAAAGAAGGGGAAAAGCAACAGGUGGUUACGGAGCAAGCAGUAGUACCGGAAGAAGCGCACACCGUAAGAGGAGAAGUGGAGAAGGGAGAACAGCCUGAAUUACCAAGCGGCGAGAAGGAGGAAGAAGCGAAGCCAACGGAGGAAGAAAGCGUUUCUGGGAAAGGAGAGGAAGAGGAGGAAAGGCCAAGCGUCACCUCCGAGUCCUCUUUGGCCGAGGAGGAGCAGCCUGAAAAAUCCACGCGGUUACCUGAACUUCCAAGCGAGGAGAAGGGAACAUCCUCGAUCCCUGAAGCGACAACGGAGAAGGGUUUGAGCGAGGAACAAGUGACGGAGGCACAAGUGAAGGAAACGGAAGGGCCUGUGAUCGCAUCGGAACAGGAACAAAAAGGGACAACACCUGGCGAAGAGAAAGGUGCAGAGGAAGAAGCGGCCACGCCUGAAACGGAAGUGGUCACCGAAAAAUCUGCCCCAGAAGUUCCAAGUACCGAACAAGUUCCUGUGCGAGAAGAGGAAGAGAGGAAAGAGAAGCCAAUGCUGGAAGUCAGCACGGAGCAGCAGCCCACAGAGGCAAGUGUCGUUCCAACGGAACAUGGCGUAGAACAAGAAGCGACCACGGAAGCUGCGGCAGAAACGGAGCAGCCAAUGGUACACGAACACAAGACAGGCGUGGCUCCCAAGAAGGAAGACGCGAUCCCUCCUGAAAUUCCUCCGGAAUCCAUUCCUCCAGAGGUCAGCGAGAAACCGUCCACGGACGAGAAGGCUGAAGAGGAAGAGGAGGAGGAGGAGGAGGAAACACCGGUGAUCCCUGAACAGGGUCCGACAGGGAUUUCGAUCACGGAACGUGUACCUGAAAGCAAAGCAGAGGACAAGGAGGCGGUGACCGAAAUGCAGGUGACCGAGGGCUACGUCGACAUGAAGCCGCCAGAAUUUCACGUACCGAGCAACCUCGUGACCGAGGCUCCUCUGGCCAAGGAACCUUCGUCCACGUAUUUGCCGGCAGAGCACGAAACGUCCGCUCCUAGGCAAGAGCAAACCGUGCCUAUCGAACAAGAAGGAACCACAAUGGGAGCACCGUUGCCCGGAGAAGAAGGAUCCACGACGGAGCCGCAGCAAAAGGAAGAGGUUUCCACCGAAAGUGAUCGUAUUCCAGAAGAAGAGAAAGAAGCGACGGAAGCAGCUUCCAAAGGCACCGAACAACCGAGCGUCGAGGCAUCGACGACGCAGCAACCUUCGCAGGAACAGACGGAACAACCUGGCUUACACGAGGAACAGAGCACGGAAACCUCGUCUUCCGAGGUUUCGCCCACGAAGGAAACUUCGAAGGAAGAACUGCCGAUGAAGGGAUUGACUAUCGAGGAAUCCGAAGAGGUAACUUCAUCCGAGGAAGUUAACGAUUCCAGCGAGGAAGUUACCAAAGAGAAACCGAUUGAGACGAAGAAAGAACCGGAGGAACAUUCAGAGACGCCAACUCAGCCUCCUUUGGAGGAGCAUCCGACUGAACGAGCAGAAGAGGAGACAGUUGGAACUGAGAGAGUAAGUACAGAAAGUGCCCCGAUAGCUCCUUCGACAGAAGCUCCAAGCGGGGAAGAACGAUCCACGGAAGUGAUCCCAGAAGAGAAAGUCGUUACCGAGCAAGAAGAGCGAGUCACUGUCGCGCCAGAAGAAGGUGCGCCAAGCGAGAGGCCUGAAGUCGGUUCGGAAGCUGCCGAAGAACAGGUGACUGAGAAACCAGUUGCUGGCAAAGAGGAAGCUGAAGUUACGGCUAAACCGGCAGAAGGUGAAGAGAUAAACACGGUGCCCGUGGUUAAUGAAGAAGGUGAAGCAAGCGAGAAACCUCUCGAAGAAGUUCCGAAAGAAGGUACACCUUUGGAAACGGAAAGCACGCCAGCAACUCAGGAAGCAACCGAAGAAGCAACGGAAGGAAGUUUAACGAUCGAAGUUCACCCGACAGUGGCGUCCAUGGAAGGAAAGACGGAGACGCCAGAGUCUUCGGAGCAGCCUGUUGUCGUCGAACAAACCGAAGCGCCUAUAACCAAAGAAACGACUGAACGGGUAGAAGAAGAACGGAAGACGGAGGAACCUGCGAGGGAAGAGCAAACCGAAGGACCUGCAGCUGCGUCUCCAUCGACGGAAGAGACGGUGACGGAAGCAGGAUUAGAGAAGGAAGGAACUCAAGCUCCUGUCGAGGAGCACACUAAAUCUCCUAUCAGCGAGCGUAAAGAGGAUGAAGAAAGCGUGAAAGGUGCUGAAGAGCCAUCCGAGAAGGAAGAAGGCGUUCAGAAGCCACCUCUUGAAGAAGAGAAGACAACUGAAAAGCCUGCAGGGGAGGAAGAAAUGACUGCAGUGCCAGAGGAAGCUGAAGUAACUGGAAAGCCUAUCGAAGAAGAGAAAUUACCCGAAGAGCAACCUACUGAAGAGCAGCGACCCAGUGAAGAACCGAUUAAGGAGGAAGAAGAGAAGUCUGUUGAGGGAAAACCGACUGAAGAACCAGUAGAAGGUGAAAAAGUAACCGAAGAACCAUCUAUCGAAGAGGAGAAACACGCGGAAGAAGAAAAGCCGACCGAAAGUCCGAUCGAAGAAGGAAAAACGACAGAAGAGAAGCCAAUUGAACCUGUGGAAGAAGAAAAGGUGAGUGAAAAACCUGUUAAAGAAGAAGGAAAGCCAACAGAAGAGGAGAAAGGAACAGAAAGUCCCAUGGAAGAAGAAAAACGUGUCGAGGAGGAAGGAAAAUUGGGAGAGGAGGAGAAGCCGACUCAGGAACCUGUUGAAGAAGAAGAGAAACCUAUUGAGGAGGAGAAACCGACGGAAAAAUCUGUUGAGGAAGAAAAACCAACCGAAAAAUCUAUCGAAGAACAACCUACGGAAGAACAGAAACCAACUGAAGAGCCUAUAGAAGAAGAACAUCCUGUCGAAGAGCAAAAACCAAUGGAAGUAUCGACUGAAUUGCCUGCUGAAGAACAAAAACCGACGGAAGGUCCUCUUGAAGAAGAAAAAUCAACGGCGCCCGCGGAAAAAGAGGAACCUAGCGAGGAAGAAAAAUCUACUACUGAAGCGCCCGUGCAAGAAGAAGAAUCGAGUGAACAGCCUAAAAAAGAAGAAGAAGAAGAAGAAGAAGUGCAACAAAGUGAAGGACCUGUCGAAAAGGAAAAACCUGCUGAAGAAGCGAAGCCAACUGAACAGCCAAUAGAAGAGGAAGGACAAGGGGUAACUGAAAAGAUUGCCGAAGAAGAGAAACCAUCUGUCGAGCCUGUUGAACAGGAAAAGACAACUGUGGAACCUGUUGCGGAAGAAAAACCAAGCGAAAUCGCACCUUCUCAAGAGGCUGUGCCAGUUGAAAUUUCAACGGAAGGUGCUACGAUGGAAGAGAAACCCUCUGAAAGUGCCGAACCAGUAUCCACCGAAGUUCCUAUUGUAGAAGAAACUGUUAGCCCAUCUGCUCCUAAAGAGACGGCUGAAGCAUCGACAGAGCUUCCAAAAGAGAUCCCAGAGAAUUCCACGAUCGCUCCGAAAGAAGAAGCUUCGCCCACGGAAGAAACACAAACAGAAACUGCUGGUCCACCGCAGGAAAAAUUAACGGAAGCUCCUAUCGAUCAUGGCGAAGCUUCUACAGAACCUACUAAACAAAUUCCAGAACAGCCCGCCGAAGAAGGAAGCACUCGGCAACCAGAAUCACCGAUUGAAGCGACAACAGCGGCUGCUCCGAGCGAAGAAGCGAUCAAAGAAGAAGGCAAAAUACCCGUCGAAGAGGGUAUCGUGACCGAAGUAACGCCGACCGAAUCUGCGCCACCUUCCGAGGAAACCAGUCCAGCGGAAGAAGAGCAAAAAGUAUCUGUUCCUGAACCUGUUCAAACCGAAGCGCCAUCGAGGGAAGAGGGAACAACGCAGGUUUCUCGAGAAAAAGAAACCGAGGCUCCUCCAAUGUUGGAAGAAAAGAUUACAGAAGAAAAGACAACAUCUGCGCCUAAGAAGGGAGAAAUUCCAGAAACUACCCCGUACACGGAAACAUCGUCAAAAGUCGGGACCGAAGGAGUCGUCGAGCAAUCCACGUUGGCUGGAGGGAUACCCGAAGAAGAGGUGUCCACGCAGCCUCCUUAUAACAUACCACCAACGAUUCCAGGGGAGGGCAAUUGUCUCGUCGAAGGUCAAUCCUACAGCAACAACUCUGCUAUUCCUCCAUCGAAUCCUUGUCAACUCGGUUGCCGUUGCGUCAGCAGUAUUAUUCAGUGCGAUCUGGUUCAAUGUCCACCGCCCCCGAGCCACUUGUCCAACUGUAUGCCGCUUCACAUCGGUAAAGAUUCUUGCUGCCCGAUGUACGCUUGCGAUUCGACGCCGACCGCUGGCCUGGAGUCCGAUAAUCACAUGAUCGAGCAUGAAACGCCUAAGUACGAAGAGGAGGAGAGACAGAAGACCGUGCCACCUCUAGAGGCGGAACUCCCUAAGGAAGGAACAACGGAGGGUGUCGAAGUGAAAGAACAUUCGACCACUGUAGCGCCGAAAGUAAUACCCAGCGAGGAACAGACGACUGCUGCGCCUGGUUCGGUAGAGGAAGCGCAAACGACACCGAAAUCUGUCGACCAUACGCAAGCGACCACAGUGGAAGGUGCCAAAGAGGCCGAAGAGCAUACUCUUAGCCCGGUGCAGGUAGAGUCUUCUAGUCAAAUACCUUCGGAGGAAGCUUUGAAAGAAAGUUCAUCGGAAAUACCGAGCAGUUCGAUAAGCGCGGAAGAAGAGCAAACGACGGAGGUGCCAUCCCCCGAACAGCCAAUCGAGAAACAUGAAGAGCAACAGCCCUCGAGUCCGGCAGCAGGCGAGGAACAGACGACGCAACCGAUUCGAAAAGAAGAAGAAACGUCCGUUGGAAUUGAGAAGGAAAUUCCUACGACGGUGAAACCAACGGAUGAACAAUUAGCGGAAGAAGAAGAAAAAUCUGCGAAGGGUGAAGAACAGGCGACCGUCUCUCCCGCGAUCUCGCAAGAAGGUACGAGCCAAAGAUCCGAAGUUCCAAGUUCUACCCUCGUACCAGAAGGCCAGGAAAGUGGCGAAACUCAGAGACCGUUGGAAGAAGGAACAACUUUGAGCGCGGAAUCGGUAACAACCCAACCCGAAGAAGAAAAGAAAGAACAACCUGAACAACCUGCAGAGGAUGAAUCACAGACUGUCCAACCUAGCGAAUCAGAAAAACCAUCUCCUUCAACCAUGGAACCGUCUACUCCAGAGCAAGAAGCUACUCCUGUGGAACAGGAAACCGUUAAACCCAUCGAGAGUGAAGCACCUGGAACGACAAAAAUGGAAAUCUCUACAGAAGUUCCGACGUCAGAGGAAGCAACUGAAUCUGGCGUGACGAAGGAAGGACCAAGCAAAACUGAAGCGCCUCAGGAGGAAGAAGAGGUCACGACACCAAGCGAGGCAGAAGAAGCUCCAAAGAAACCAGAGAUUCCUCCAACGGAGGCUGCACCCGCUGGAACUGAACAACCUUUAAUAAUACCUACUACUUUAGCAGGCGAACAAACCAAAGAAACAAUUGCACCUGAAGGCACGCUCAAGGUAACUACGGAAGCAGUGACUGUAGAGGAGCAGCAUACGGAGAUACCUGAACAACAAACGGUAUCCGUGGAACAAGUGGCAAGCUCGACCGAAUCUGCCGAGCCAAGCACCGAGAAAGAACCAUCGAUUCCUACCGAAACGAAGGAAACGACUGAAGAGCAGGGUAUCACCGAAAAACAGCAACCAACCGAAAGCAAGCCAGAAGAGGAACCAACUUCGUCCGAACCAGCUCCAUCAGCAGAGGAACAAACUCCGUCUGGAGAAGAGGAAGCUACACCUUCCUCCGUUUCGAAGGAAGCGAUUACGGAAGCUGUGCAUGAAGCCACCACGAUGAAAGCUGCUCCUGUAGAAGUGACUUUGCCUCAAGAACAAACGGAACAGCCUGGUGCUGCUAUCGAGAAAGAGACGGUGGCACCUGUUACCGAAGAAACAGUUACGGAGAAGGUUAAGGAAGAAACGGUUGAACCAGAAGAACGCGUGACGACUGAAAAAGCAGUUUCCGUCGAAGGCGAAGAAGCGCCUGAAACUACAGCGCCGGUUGAAGUUGCGGGACAGGUGACGGAGAAAGUGGAACAAGCGACAGAAUCUGCAGUACCAAUGGAGAAGGAAGCAACGAUCGCUCCUGAACAGACGCAGAAACCAGAGGAAGGAACGCAGAAAUCGGUCGUGGAAGGUGAGGGAGUUACAGCUAAGAUCGAAGAGCAAUCUAGCGAGACAUCUUCUCCGAUGGAUUAUACUCCAAGCCCAAUUUCGCCAGAAGAGAAGGAGGAGAAGAAACCUGAAGUAGUAACGGAAGGAAUGCCGGAAGAGAAAGCGACAACUGUGCCAAGCGAAGUGACUCCGCCUCAAGAGGAACAACAAGCUUCCGUGACUGAAAGGAAACCGGAAGAGGGUGUUCCAGAAGCGACCGAAGCGCCAUCGAUGGAAGAAGCGACUGGAGGACCGGUGGAAGAAGAAAAGGGCGAAGAACAAACGACUCCAGCACUGGAAACAGAAAAAGCGACUGUUUCACCCAAGACACCCUUCGAGGCUGCUCCAACCGAAGUGCCAGAGAAGAUGGUUCCCGAAGAAGUACCGUCCGAGACGCCGGAACAAGCGCUUUCCACCGAACAACCUGUGCAACUUACGGAAGCUCCUGAGAAGAUGGCGCCUUCCACGGAAGCUCCUGAGAAGAUGGCGACUUCCACGGAAGCUCCUGAGAAGAUGGCGCCUUCCACGGAAGCUCCUGAGAAGAUAGCGCCUUCCACGGAAGCUCCAGAACAAGAAAUUUCUUCCGAGGCUCCGUCAGAGAAAACUGCAACACCAGAGGCGCCGGAAUAUUCGACCGAACUACCUGAAAAAGCAAUUCCUGAAGAAGUUCCUGAGAAGGAAGUUCCGACUGAAGCGCAAGAAGAAGCAAUUACUACGGAAAAAUCAUCGGAAGUUCCUAGCGAAGUAUUGACAAAAACUCAACCUACUGAAGCGGCAGAAGACCAAGUUACAGAAGUGCCGGGGCAAAUUAUUCCGGAAGAGGAGAAACCUAGCGAGGUAACAGAGAAGAUUGUUCCCGAGGAAGAGAAGCCAGUUACGACGACAGAAAAAGUUCUUCACGAGGAAGAAGAAAAGCCUGUCGAAGUGACGGAGAGAAUUGUUCCCGAAGAAGAAAAACCAGUUCAGACAACGGAAAAGAUUAUUCCCGAGGAGGAAAAGCCUGCCGAAGUGACCGAGAAGCUUGUUCCCGAAGAGGAAAAGCCAGCCGAGACGACAGAAAAGGAGCUUCCUUCUGAAGAGGAAAAGCCUGCGGAGACAACGGAAAAGAUUCUUUCUUCUGAAGAAGAAAAACCUGUCGAAGUGACGGAAGAACAAAAGCCAGCAGUCGAAGGAGAACAACAAACAGUUGAGCCCGAAGAAGAAAAAGAAGAAGAAGUUUCUCAAACUACGGAAGAUCUUUCUCUCAAGGAGCAAUUGCCCGAACAAGCCGCGACCCAAGCUCCUCAAGAAGCGACCAAGCUUCCAACCACUGAGGAAGAAGAGUUGGCGCGACCAACUACGGCAGCGGUCGAAGUUGAAGCGACGUCUCCUCAGGAAGAGCAGCCGAGUCCGAUAACCGAAUCGACGGAAACUACAAUCGCGCCCGAGGUGCACGAAGAUACGACUAAGGAAGCGGAACCUUCGGAGGAGGCACAACUCGGCGUAACGAAAGCGCAACCUGCCAUGCCAGAAGCUCAACCUUCCGUCGAGCCUGCAGUCGAAACCUCUACGGAACACGAAGAAGAGGUGGCACAAGCAGAAACCGAAAAGGCUCCCGAAGAGCAUCCAGCGGUCCAAGUAUCUACGGAACAGCCUGAAGAAAAGAGUACCGUGGAACCAGCGACGAUUCCGGAAGAGCCCAAAGAGGAAGAGGCGUCCCCAAAACCUGAAGAAGAUCAACAAUCGACCGAGGCAUCCGUCGAAGCGCCCACGACGAAGGCUCCAACGCUUCCAACGGAGCCAUCUCUCGCCGAAUCGAGCGAAGAGGAACAGGAGGGAGAAGUGGAGGAACCUGGAUUGCCAGAAACUUCCGGCUCGACGACCGAGAAAGAAGAAUCGGCCGAAGGGUUGGAUCAUCACCUUCCAUCGAUGAACCAAACGUUCGAGACGACUGAACGACCCGUCCAACCCACCACCCUUCGCCAACCAACGAGUACAUUAGCCCCUCAGAUACCCGAGUACUCCGACCAGGUAUCCGGAGAGGAGAAUCCGCACUUCCCGACGCACGGUGGAAGUUAUCUGUCGAACGAAGACUACGACGAGGAUGACCAGGCGAUUUACGGACCGGGCACUUGCCGAUACGGGGGCAAAGUCUACGUCUCGGCUCAACAGAUACCAAGGGACGAUCCUUGCGACUUCUGCUUCUGCUUCAGAAGCGACAUCAUCUGUCUUCAACAGAGCUGCCCACCGCCGAUCCCAGGCUGCCACGAGGAACCGAUCAACGGUUUCUGCUGUCCGAGAUACGAGUGCCCUGUGUCGAUGGCCACGUCGCUCAACAUCACCACGACAACGACCACCACCACGACCACGUUACCGCCUCAUUUCCAUGCCCAUGCAUACAAAGGAGCAGCGAAACGAAGCGGAUGCCAGAUUCGCGGCCAAGCGUAUCGCGUUGGAGAAGUCAUUAGGUCCGCGUCCGGACCUUGCCUUCAGUGCACUUGCGGUGGUGAUGGGAACAUGAAAUGUGAUCCACGAGUGUGCAGCCCGGAACCGAUGUUGAGGCAAAUGAUAGCGGCAGCCACGGCGAGAAGGAGGAGAUGAGCCGUCCAACGAGAUCCCGGGGAUCCUUUGGACGAACACAAACAAGGGAAAAAGGAAGUCUAGA